AUGACGCAGCGAGUCUCAUGUACGUCGAGCCAGCGUCGUCGCCGCGACCUGAGCGGCACGGCCUUUCUCCUCCUCUCGCUCGUCCUGCUCUCAUCUCUCCACUCGGCGCUGGCCUUCCGCUUCUCCGCGGGGCUCCGCGCGGACAAUCUGCGCGGGAUGAUGCGUGGAUGGGAGCAAGGCGGGCGCUCGACCGGCCAGCCGCAACAACAGAGCGGCGGAACGAGCGGAGGCGGAAUUGGCGGCGGCGGAAUGGGCGGCGGCGGAAUCGGUGGCGGCGGAAUGGGCGGAGGCGGAAUGGGCGGCGGCGGAACGGGCGGAGGCGGAAUGGGCGGGGGCGGCAUGGCUGGCGACGGAAUGGGCAGCGGAGGAAUGGGCAGCAGCAGAACGGGUGGCGGCGGAAUGGGCGGGGGUGGCAUGGGCGGCGGAGGAACGGGCGGAGGCGGAAUGGGCGGCGGCGGCAUGGGUGGCGGCGGAAUGGGCGGCGGCGGAAUGGGCGGCGGCGGAACGGGCGGAGGCGGAAUGGGCGGCGGCGGCAUGGGCGGCGGCGGAAUGGGCGGCGGCGGCAUGGGUGGUGGCGGAAUGGGCGGCGGAGGCAUGCGCGGCGGAGGAAUGGGCGGCGGCGGCAUGGGUGGCGGCGGAAUGGGCGGCGGCAUGGGCGGACCUGGUUCCUCUGCUCCCGGAUCACAAUCAGCCAUGGGUCCUGGGGGGAACAUGGGCGGAGGCUUGGGCGGCGGAGGCAUGGGCGGGUCAGGGUGGUUUGCUCCAGGGUCGCAGGCAGCACCCGUUCUGUGA